AAGUAGUAGUUAUGUAUUUAUUAAUGACUUCAAGAGCUGGCAUGAUGCUCAGAGCUACUGCAGAAAGAAUCACACCGAUCUGGCCAGCGUGAGGAACCAGGCUGAGAAUGUCAAGAUAAUGGAGGCAGCCAAAGAAAACAGAGUGUGGAUUGGCCUGUUCAGAGUCUUCUGGAAGUGGUCAGAUCAGAGUUACUCCUCAUUCCGGUACUGGAAACAAAACCAACCAGAUAUUCCUAGUGGAAAAGAGACCUGUGGUUAUAUUGUAAUGACUGACGGGGGCUACUGGAGUAAUGAAAACUGUGAAACAAAGUUUCCGUUCAUCUGCUAUGAGAGGAAAAACUCUACAUACAUAUUGAUUAAGGAGGCAAAGAGCUGGUACGAUGCUCAGGUCUACUGUAGAGAACGUUACACAGACCUGGUCAGUGUGAGGAGCCAGACUGAGAACCAGCAGAUAUUAGAUUCAGCAAAAACUUCAGUCAAUAACAGUCUGUGGAUCGGCCUGUUUUACAAUUCCUGGAAGUGGGCAGAUCAGAGUGCCUCUUUAUUCAGAUACUGGGCAUCAGCACAACCAGAUAACCGUGAUGGAAACCAGAACUGCACUGCAGUGUUUAUGGCUGAGCAGGGCCGAUGGCAUGAUCUGAACGGCAACAGCCAGCUUCCAUUCGUCUGCCAUGAAAACCAGCUGAUCUUGAUCAAGCAGAAUCUGACUUGGAGAGAAGCUCUGAGAUACUGCAAAGAUAAUCAUGUGGAUCUGGUCUCAGUUCACUCUGAGGAGAUCCAGCUCUGGGUGAAGGAGGUGGCACAGAACGCCUCCACUGAACAUGUGUGGCUGGGUCUGCGUCACACCUGCACCCUCAGCUUUUGGUUCUGGAUGAGUGGAGUGUCUAUCUGCUACGAGAACUGGGCUCCAGGUAACGGGACAGGAGGAGAAGACUGCAGCUCUGUAGAGAGAACCGGAGCGGUGCAGGCUAGAGGAGGUCAGCAGUGGGUCAGCCUGCCUGAAACCCAGAAACUCAACUUCAUCUGCACCACCUAUGAAGAUUGAAUGAAAACAGUGAUGAAGAAGGAAAACAAGUUGCAGUCCAUCAUCUGUGUCCAACAUCAAUGUAUCCACAUUACUGUUAUUUCUAUGUUUGCAUUUCUUUACAGAUUAAGAAAACUAAAAACUGCAACACUUUUUGUGUGUGUGUGUGUGUGUGUGUGUGUGUGUGUGUGUGUGUGUGUGUGUGUGUGUGUGUGUGUGUUU